CAGCAAAUUUCACAUUUCUCAUAAGUCAUUUCUUCAGCCAAUUCUACACUUCAAACAGAUUAUCGGUUAAUUUUCUUCAUAUUUUCUUUGAGUCCAGACUUAUACUGUUACUUUUAUACUGACUGUUGGCGCCAUGUCCGGCGCGAGACACUGGGAGCAGGACAAGGAAGCCACCGUAUACAUUGGGAACCUCGAUGAACGGGUCACAGAUAGCUUGGUGUGGGAGCUGAUGCUGCAGGCCGGGCGCAUCGUUAACGUUCAUCUGCCCAAAGAUCGCGUUACUCAAUCCCACCAAGGCUAUGGGUUUGUGGAAUUUAUCAGCGAGGAGGAUGCCGAAUAUGCUUCGCGAAUAAUGAACGGAAUCCGUCUCUAUGGGAAGCCCAUACGCGUCAAUAAAGCAUCAGCCGAUAAACAAAAGGCAGUUGAAAUUGGUGCAGAACUUUUCGUCGGGAACCUCGACCCCAUGGUUACAGAGCAGGUCCUUUAUGACACAUUCAGCCGUUUUGGAAAUCUAACUUCUAUACCAAAGAUUGCACGAGAUGACAAUAACCUAUCAAAAGGUUACGGCUUCGUAUCAUUUACCGACUUCGAAUCUUCGGACGCUGCGAUAACAAAUAUGAAUGGCCAAUAUCUCAUGAACAAACAGGUCUCAGUACAAUACGCAUAUAAGAAGGACGGAAAAGGUGAAAGGCAUGGCGAUCAAGCAGAACGGACAUUAGCUGCACAGGCUCGCAAGCAUAACGUUCGUCUUCCGACUCAACCACUGCCAUCGCAAUUCGCUGCCGCAGGGCCACCUGUGGUGCCAACCACGGUGGUGAAUGGUGAUAUUUCUCGUCCUUUGGCAAGUGGACCUCCGGAUGUAGGUGUGGGAAGAGGCGUUGCACCGAACAUGGCGUUUCAGAAUGUGCCUCCUCCACAGCAAAAUCGCCCUAUGCCUCCUACUACUCCGCUUACGACUCCGCCGGGCUUGCCAGCAAGACCUCCUCCUUCGCAAGUUGGCUAUGGUGGCCCACAAGCUUUUCUUCCCCCGGGCUUUAACAAUGCUAACCAGCAGCCACCGUUCCUUCCCCAAGCAGCACCACCGCUAGGGUUUGGACCUCCUGCUGGAACCCCUGGCCCUCCACCCCCGCUACCCCCGGGCUUCCAACAGCCAGGGUAUGGAAGAGCGCGGUAAUGAUGCACGAGGGACCCCGAGGCGAAAGGUUCUGGAAGCUUUUACAGCACGUUUUUAUGACUAUGGAUAUCAGGACGUAUCUUCCCGAUUUAAAAAAAGAUUAUUGCAGCAGCAUACCCGAGAACUUGAUAGGCCAUGGGAUAGUUUGUAUACUUCCUAAGAGCAACUGUAUCUGAGAUACAACCUCAUACUUGCCCUUCUAAUUUUUUUUUUUUUUUCAUGGUCCUUGGACGAUUCUUUGACUGAGAGUAUAUACUAUUCAAUAUUUUCUGUGAAGUGAAAUUAUAUUCCCACAGCUGUUACAGAUCAGUAAUCCCCACCUUCCAGAUUGCAAAAGAAAGGAUAUAAUGAAUGA